CAUCCCAACUGUCCGAAGAAUAGUAGUGCUGGGGCCGAUUGGUUUACAAAUUUCAUGAAAAGCCAUCCUCGGUUAACACUUAGAAAGCCGGAAGGAACUAGCAUAGCGAGAGCCGGAGCCCCAAACAAUCCAGUAAUGGAGAACUUUUACGACCAAGUUGAGGUCUUGAACAAGAAAUACGAUUUCACAGAUGAUGAAAUUUUCAACAUAAACGAAACGAACGAUCCUACUGUUUUAGAUUCCGAGAAAGUUAUUGUUGAAACAGGAACACAUAUGGUUUAUUCCAGAAAAGGUUCAGAAAGAGGAAUCAAUGUUACAAUGUUCCCAAUGUUUAGUUCUUCUGGAAAAUUUUAUCCAGGUGUUUUAAAUACCCAAGAAUGAAAGUGUCUCAACAAAUGAAGGACACAGUUCCGCACGGAUGGCUUCCGUUGGCAAAUAAAUCCGGGUGGAUGGAUAAAGGUUGUUUUCUUCUUGUAUUGAAGCACCUAAGGAGUCAGAUUUUUGGUUCGCCUACAAAGCCAGUCUUGGUGUUUGUUGAUGGUCACAGCUUUCAUGUUAGAUAUUCUGUUGUGAUGUGUUCCAAAGAACAAGGAAUAAAUAAUACUUCAAACAUUACCUCCCCACAUAUCUCAUGGUUCUCAAACUUUCUAUGGCCCGUUCAGAAGAUAUCUUAAGCAGGGCCAUGAUGAAUUUAUGCGAAGGAAUCCAGGCAAGGCUAUUACAAUUUAUGACGUCCCAAUCAUCUCAAAGUUAGUCAUCGAGAAAGCUUUUCCCGAACACACCAUCAAGAAAUGAUUUUCUUCUACUGGAAUUUUCCCACUUAAUCGUACAGCGAUACCAUACAAAAUGUAUUCAUUAUCAAAGACAAGUGAU